GAACUCGAAACUUGGCUCGAAGAAGGCUCUGGAAAAAUCAUGGCGGCGGCCGAUAAGAAAGAUGAGCGAGCGGGAAAAGCUCCUAAAAAAGAGUCCCAGCCUUUAAUUAUCGCCAAAACUCCAGCAGAGGAGCAGCGUUUAAAGUUGGAGAGACUGAUGCGAAACCCCGAUAAACCUGCGCCUAUUCCAGAGAGACCGAAGGAGUGGAAUCCUCGCGCUCCGCCAGAGUUUGUGCGCGAUGUGAUGGGCUCCAGUGCUGGAGCAGGCAGCGGUGAGUUCCAUGUGUAUAGACAUCUGCGCCGCCGGGAGUAUCAGAGACAAGACUUCCUGGAACGUAUUUCUGACAAGCAAAAGCUGGAUGAAAAAUAUAUUGAGAAGGUGAAAGAAAACCAAAAGGCUGCUGAGGAAAGAACAGCCAAACGCAGAAAGAAGAGGGAAAAGUUGAAACAAAAGAAGCUGAUGGCCAAGAAAGCCAAGAUGGAGGGCCAGAAAGAAGAAGGCUCCGAGGAGAAGUCUUCAUCCUCUGCUUCUGAAGAAGAAGAGCAAGAAGAUGAUGCAGAAGUGCCCAGCUUCAUCAUGGGGAAGAGGUGACCGUACAAAGAAUGGAAGUAUCCAGCAUAUACUACCGUACAAUAGCAGAAACCCCUCCAGCAGAGAACUUUAGUGAGCUGUGACGAAAAAUACUCCAAAUGAUGUCUCAGAAGUGCUUUUGUCUUUUGUGCUUGAGUCAGAUGUUCAACAUUUGAGGUGGACAUUGGAAAAGCUGAAUGUUUUUCUUUCAUUGGAGAGCUGGCGAUAAAAUAAUGUGACCAGGAUAGACUUAUUCUUGUGUAAAUGUUUCUUUUUUUUUUUAAAUAAACAACAAAGGGAAUAA